CUAUCCAAAAGUUUCUUUUUCAGAAAGAGAACCGCACCCAAUUUCUUACAUCACACUCUUCUUCUUUCAAUUCGAAAUUCGGAUAAUGGUGUCUCUAUUCUCGCCACCACCUUCAUCCUCCAACAUUCAAUCACGCCAAACUCGCUUCUUCUCCACUCUCUUCCUUCCACCACGGAGCGUCCGAUUCCAAUGCGACUGCGAGAAAAAUUACAAACGGAAAACGGUACGGUGCGGCGUUACGAGCGCGAGCGCGCCCCCGCCGCCGUCAACGUCGUUGGCGAAGGAGCCUCACAAAUUCUUCGACCACGUAGUCAUCACCGUUCGCGGCGGCGACGGCGGCCAUGGCGCGGUGCUGAACGAUAGAGUGAAGCAGGAGCAGGGAAAGGCGAAGAAGAAAGGGAAAGGCUCUCUGAAGAGAGACUUCGACGGCUCACUGAUACUCCCCAUGGGAGGCCACGGCGGUGACGUGGUGGUCUACGCCGACGAGGCGAAGGAUACGUUGCUUGAGUUUCACAACAAGAGCCGGUAUCACGCCAAACGCGGUGGCAACGUGGAUGCCAUGGGCGCUUUGACGUCCUCGUUGCGCAAUGGACUUGCCGCACCGACUCUGCGCAUUCCAGUUCCUGUAGGCACUGUUGUGAAAAGCAAACGAGGGAAGAUGUUAGCUGAUCUAGCACAACCUGGUGAUGAAGUUCUUGUUGCGAGGGGAGGACAAGGAGGGAUUAGCUUGUUAGAAAUGCCACAGCAUAAAAGAAAAAAGAUGAUGGCUUUGACAACUAAUGUGAUGAGAGAUGACUCAGACAAGGUUUUAGUCCAUGGCCAACCUGGCGAGGAAGUCAAGUUGGAGUUGAUCCUACGAGUUGUUGCUGAUGUUGGUCUGGUUGGACUUCCAAAUGCUGGGAAAUCCACACUUCUGGCAGCCAUUACACUUGCAAAACCUGAUAUUGCUGAUUAUCCUUUUACAACAUUAAUGCCAAAUCUUGGACGCCUUGGUGGUGAUCCCAGCUUAGGGGCAGAAAUGUAUUCGUCAGAAGCUACAUUGGCAGAUUUGCCCGGUCUUAUAGAAGGUGCUCACUUAGGAAAGGGUCUUGGUCGCAAUUUCCUGAGGCACCUCAGGAGAACCCAGCUACUGGUCCAUGUUGUUGAUGCUGCCGCUGAGAAUCCUAUAAGUGACUAUAGAACUGUCAGAGAAGAGUUGCGCAUGUAUAAUCCUGAGUACCUUGAACGACCGUAUGUUGUAAUUUUGAAUAAGAUUGACCUACCAGAGGCAAAGGACAGACUUUCAUCAUUGACUCAAGAAAUUAUGAAAAUUGGCAAUGAUGGUGCUGCUUCGGAAUCAAAACCAAUUUCUGAAGUUCCAGCUCAAUUGUCUGAUGAAACUGACGUGAAGGAAAAAAGACUUGAGGACUAUCCACGACCUCUCUCUGUUGUUGGAGUUAGUGUUCUGUCAAUUUCUUGUUGCUUGCAGAAAAGGUAUAAGGAUAAACGAGAUGUUAAAGGAGAUAAGAUCAGCUUUAAGGAAGUGUUCAGAUUCCAAUAAAACAUUGGCUUCAAGGGUUUCACCUUGAGAUUUGCCUGCCAUAUACUUUCUGAUGUUGCUUUUCAACUAGACUUUCUCGGGAGGACUAACCACAAGUAAAUUGGUUCUGGUAUAAAUUUGGCUAUUCUAGGAAAUCAUAGAUGAAGAAAAUUUUCAGUUUGUUUCAGAGAAAUAUUCGAGUGAAACUGAAUUACAUUUUUGUAUGCAUAAGAUUGACAAUUUGACAUGAUAACUUGUAUCAUACAAGUAAAUUGGUUCUGGUAUAUAUUUGGCUCUACCAGAAAGUUAUAGAUCAAGAAAAUCCAGUUUGUUUUAGAGAA